AUGGUGAGUGGACACCGAGAAGAGUGGGAUGUCAAGAGAAUCCACACUGGAGAGAGACCUCAUGAGUGCAGCAAAUGUGGGAAAUGCUUCAGCCAGAGCUGUGACCUUUUCAAACAUCAGACCAUACACACAGGUGAAAGGCCUUACAAGUGCAAUGAAUGCAGGAAAUUUUUCAGACAGGUCUCUGACCUGUUUGAACACAGGCAAGUUCACACAGGAAAAAGGUUCUUUCCGUUCAGUAACUGUGGAAAAUUCUUUAAUAGCAAAUCGAACCUCAUUCAACACCAGGAGGUUCACACAGGAGCAAAGCCAUACAUGUGCAGUGAAUGUGGGAAAGAGUUCAACUGCAAACACACACUGGUUCUGCACCAGAGAACUCACACUAGGGAAAAGCCCUAUGAGUGCAGCGAAUGUGGGAAGACCUUCAGUCAAAGCUCCCACCUUAAUUUACACUGGUGAGUUCACAGUGACUACAAGUGCAGGAAAUGUGGGAAAGUCUUCAGUUGCACCUGUAAACUCAUUCAGCACCAGAAGGCCCAUUCUGGAGAAAAGCCUUAUGAGUGUAGCAGGUGUGGAAAGGAGUUUGCUCAAAGGCCAAAUCUUACUCAGCACUGA